GAUGCUAGCUGCUUCCAAGAAAGGAAAUGAUUAUCAAAAAGACUCGAGUAUGUGCUGAUAUUAACAGCAAAAACAUUGAUUGAGGUAGAAAACAAUCUCAUCAAUGUUUUUCUUUUCUUACUUUUUCAGAUUUUCAAUUUGUAUAUGAUUUCCAUUUUCGGUUUUCACUCCAUUUUUCUAUAUGGUCAAUUAUUCAUAACUUGUAUAGCAUUCUGUGAACCUUCUAAUUUACCUGAUACAUGAAUUGUAUUCAAACCAAUUUUGAACUUGUUAAUUGUAUAAACCACAUAGACCCAAAAUAAAAAAUUAUUCAAACCAAAUAUUGAUCAUUGGUUUUCUUUACAUUUGAAAAUUAAUUGAUUACAAAUGUGAAAGUGAGAGCAACUGAUAGCUACUUUACUUUAUAUGAUCCCUUCCUCUCUUUUUGGAUCAUAAAUUAAUCAUUACAAUGCACAAGAGCAUCCUUUUGCUGCAGAACAUCAAAUACUAGAUACUGCAGAUUUGAAAAAGAUCAGGAAGAUUGUUCUUACUAGCUAUUCGAGUUGACCAUUCGCUGAUAGUGCAGGAAAUAAGAUGGCGAGCUUCUGGACUGAUUUGGCGAAGUCAUAUGUGGAGAAAUUGAUAAAUGGCGUAAUUGCAGAAUCGAGUUAUAUCUGUUGCUUCACAUGCAUUGCUAAGGAUUUUGAAGAAGAAAAAGCUAGGUUGGAAAUAGAAAGAACAACUUUCAAGCAACGCAUUGAAGUGGCAACCCGGAGAGGGGAAGAUGUUCAAGGUAAUGCUCUUUCUUGGGUAGAAGAAGUUGAUAGGCUCAUUCAAGAAGACACCAAAACAAAACAAAAAUGUUGUUUUGAAUUUUGUCCUCAUUGCAUAUGGAGAUAUAGAAGAGGAAAAGUACUGGCAAAUAAGAAGGAGCAUAUUAAAGAAUUAAUGGAAACUGGAAAGGAGCUUACAAUCGGACUCCCUGCUCCUCUUCCAGACGUUGAACGCUAUUCAUCCCAACACUACAUGCAUUUUAAAAGCAGAGAAUCCAAAUACAUAGAGCUUUUGGAUGAACUCAAAGAUGACAACAAUUAUAUAAUUGGGUUGCAAGGGAUGGGCGGCACAGGAAAAACUACAUUGAUUAAGGAAGUGGGUAAGAAACUUAAGCAAUCAAAACAAUUUACGCAUAUCAUCGAUACCACAGUGUCAUUUUCUCCUGAUAUUAAAAAGAUUCAAGAUGAUAUUGCUGGGCCCUUGGGAUUGAAAUUUGAUGAUUGUAAUGAAUCAGAUAGGCCCAAAAAGCUAUGGAGUAGAUUAACCAAUGGUGAGAAGAUUCUUCUAAUAUUGGACGAUGUGUGGGGCGAUAUAGAUUUUAAUGAAAUUGGAAUUCCAUAUAGUGAUAAUCACAAAGGUUGUAGGAUUAUUGUAACCACGCGGAGUCUGUUGGUGUGCAAAAAACUAGGAUGCAUUAAGACAAUCCAACUAGAUCUCUUAUCUGAAGAAGACGCAUGGAUCAUGUUCAAAAGGUAUGCAGGUCUAAGUGAAACUUCAACUCAAGUUUUUCUUGACAAGGGCCUUAAAAUUGCAAAUGAAUGCAAAAGGUUACCUAUUGCAAUUUCUGUUAUGGCUAGUAGUUUGAAAGGCGAACAACGCCGGGAUGAGUGGGAUGUGGCCUUAAAAUCCUUGCAAAAACCUAUGUCCAUGCAUGGUGUUGAUGAUGAACUUGCUAAAAUUUAUAAAUGCUUGCAAUUUAGCUAUGACAAUAUGAAGAAUGAAAAGGCAAAGAGUUUAUUCCUUUUGUGUUCCGUAUUUCGAGAAGAUGAAGAUCUUCUUAUUGAAAGGUUAGUCAGAUUUGCCAUCGGAGGAGGUCUUUUUGGGGAAGAUUAUGGCAUCUACGAAGAUGCUAGAAGUCAGGUAGUUAUAUCCAAAAAUAAACUCUUAGAUUCUUGUUUAUUGUUGGAAGCCGGUCAAUGGACAGUAAAAAUGCAUGACUUGGUUCGUGAUGCAGCCCAAUGGAUAAGGAACAAAGAGAUCCAAACAAUACGAGUGUAUGACAAAAAUCAAAAGGCAAUGGUUGAAAUGGAGAAAAAUAUUAAAUAUUUGUCAUGUGAAGGCAACCCAAAGGAUGUGUUUUCCUGUAAGUUUGAUGGUUCCAAGCUUGAGAUUCUAAUUGGCAUCAUGUCCAAGGAUGAAGACGCCCAGGAUACAAAAAUCGAGGUACCCGACUCAUUUUUUGAAAAUAAUACCAGUCUUCGAGUUUUUCAUUUACUUGGUGAUAGAACUAGUAGUCUAAUAGCUCUAUCAUUACCUCAAUCAAUACAAUCGCUGAAGAAUAUUCGAUCUCUUAUCUUUACACGUGGUGAUUUGCGUGACAUUUCUAUAUUGGGAAAUCUGCAAAGUCUUGAGACACUUGAUUUGGAUCAAUGUAUAAUUUUAGAAUUGCCUAGUGGAAUCACAAAACUCGAGAAAUUUAGAUUGUUGAAAUUGGAAUGGUGUGUAAUUGGAAGGAAUAAUCCAUUUGAAGUGAUUGAAAAGUGCUCAUCACUUCAAGAGUUGUAUUUUGUAGGGAGUUUUAAUUGGUGUUGUCAAGAAAUAACCUUCCCUAAAUUGCAAAGGUUUUUUGUAACUGACUACCAUCCAUUUAAGUAUGUAUCAUCAAAGCAUGUGUCUUUUGUAAGCAGAGAUGAGCUUUUCCUAUCUAAAACAACACUUAAGUACUGUAUGCAAGAAGCAGAGGUUGUUAUACUAAUAAGAAUCGAGGGGGGAUGGAGAAAUAUCAUGCCAGCGAUUGUUCCUUUGGAUCAUGGUAUGAAUAAUAUAGUUGAGCUUCGUUUAAGGUCGAUUUCACAACUACAGUGCCUCAUUGACACUAAGCAUACUUAUUCUCAAGUAUCACAUGUCUUCUCCAAGUUGGUUGAACUGUAUCUGGAUGAAAUGGAAAAUUUGGAAGAAUUGUGCAAUGGUCCUCUUUCCUUUGACUCUCUUAAGAGUUUAGAGGACCUAUCUAUUGAGAAUUGCAAACACUUUCAAAGCUUAUUUAAGUGCAACCUUAACCUUUGCAAUCUAAAGAAUGUGUUACUGGUGAGUUGCCCGAUGUUGAUCUCCUUAUUUGAACUAUCAAUUGCUUGUAGCCUAGUGUUGUUGGAGAUAUUGAAAAUAAUUGACUGUGGACAUCUUGAAUACAUAUUAAGAGAUGAAAGAAAAGGAGAAUGGUCGAGAGGAGAAAUAAUUGACAAUGAUAGAACAAGUCGCGACCCAUUGUUUUUGAAAUUGAAAGUUCUUGUAAUUGAGAAGUGUCCAAAAUUUGAAGUAAUACUCCCAUUUGUCUCUGCUCAUGAUCUUCCGGCACUAGAAUCCAUAACAAUGAAAAGUUGUGAUAAGCUGAAAUACAUAUUUGGACAAGAUGUCAAACUUGGUUCUCUCAAAAAUAUAGAGCUUAAUGAUGUACCCAAUUUGAUUGACAUUUUCCCAGAAUGUAAUCAUACAAUGUCUUUAUCCAUUAAGAGGUCAUCUUCUAUUUCUAGAUCUGCAUCCAAGCCAUCAACACAGGCAGACCCUAUCAAACGCAACAUCUUUUCAUGGACUUAUAUGUAUUGUUGUGGUAAAAAAUAUGAGAACAAAUUGAAGAGUACCACAAGUACUAAAAUCCCAUUGGUUUAUGAGAAUCAACCGCAGAGCAGCUUACUGGAAACAAAUUCAUAUUGCCUUAACAUAAACAUAUGGGAGCGUGCUCACUGUCUUUCAAGACAAUCAAUGGUGUUGUGCAAUGUUAAAGAGAUUGAGUUGACUCAGUUGAGGAAGAUAAAAUCAGUAUUUAUCCUUUCUAUUGCUCCAAGAAUGUUGUUGGAAACUUUGAUAAUUGAUGAUUGUGAUGAAUUGAGGCACAUAGUAAUAGAUACUUGUGAUCAUGAUAGUACUACUGGUGGAAAUAAUUUGGGCAAUGUCUUCCCAAAGUUGAAAGAGCUUUACAUUGAGAAUUGCAACCAAUUGGAAUACAUAUUUGGACAUUACACUGGUGAUCAUCAAAACCACCCUGAAACUCAUCUUCAUCUUUUGGCAUUGGAACGUCUUCAACUCAUCAAUCUGUCAAGUUUAGUUGCCGUGUGUCCCGAACAAUACCACACAACAUUUCAAAAAUUGAAAUAUCUUGAACUCAAUAAUUGUCCACAAGUAACUAAUGUCAAAUCUAUUAGUGAUUUCUUAACUCACCCUUCAGUAACAAGAUCUACAAACAAUACAAUCAUCCAGGAGUUGAGUGGGAACAUGGAGUCUUUGCUUGCUUUGGAAAGACUAGUGUUAAUUAAGUCCAAAGUAGAAAGUAUAUUUUGUGUCACUGAAGUAAAUGAACAGCAAAUAAAUACAGUGUUGCAAAAGAUUAAGCUGGAAGAUUUAUAUGUGAUGACAUGUCUUUCUGUGGGUCCCAAAAAUUCUUUUGCCCUCCUGAAUUUAAAAUCAAUAGAAAUAGUGCGAUGUAAAAAGCUGCAAGUCAUUUUCUCUGAUUCUAUUUUAAGAUGUCUACCACAGUUGGUUGGUAUGAUAAUAAUAGAAUGUGAUGAGUUAAAGCAUAUAAUUGAAGAUGAUUUGGAGAAUGAAAAAAUGUCAAAUUCUUCAUCCUUAAGGACAUGCUUCCCAAAGCUAGAAGUGCUCGUUGUAGAAAAAUGCAACAAAUUGAAAAGUAUGUUUCCGGUCUCCAUAUGUAAUGAGCUUCCUGAGCUUAAGUGUCUCAUCAUAAGAGAAGCAGAUGAAUUACAGGAAAUAUUUAAAAGUGAAACGGGGGAAAUUCAAAAUGUCAAGAUUCCAAAUUUGAAGUUUGUAGCAAUUGUGAACCUACCAAGCCUCUUCCAAACAGAGGGAAUUCAAUUCGAAACUGUAGAAUAUCGUUGUGUAUUGGAUUGUCAAAAACUCUCUUUCACUUUGGCAUCAUCGAUGCCCGAAUACCUUGAGGAUACUUUUGAUUGCAAUGCAUUCAUACUGUUUGAUUUCGAAACAGUUGUAAGUCUGACUCGUCUAUUUCGAGAAUUAAAAGAAAAGUCCAAACCUCGCGAUAUUGGUACUAAAAUGUAUGCAGCUGCAAAUGAAGUGGAAGCAACAUCAGAACAUGAGUUGACUUCUUCACAGGGUAUCGAGAUAUGUGUUGAAGAAGGAACUAGUUCAACUAAUGCCAAGACAAAAUCAUCAUCAACACAUUUAGAAUUAGAAGAUGGUGAUAGCCAAAUAGCCUUGAAUUCUAUUUCCAUUGCAACGACUGAUAGCAAUGAUCAAGUUUCUUUAAAUGAUGAUGUUGCCGUGAAAGUAAACUCAAUUGUUGAGCAACAAUUUCCUGAGGAAGAUGACAUAAUAGUUUCAAAAGCCAAACCCUCUUCUAUUGCAUCUCAGUUUCCCUCUAUGCCUUCUAAAGGCGACCCUUCUCAAAAAGUAGAGGAGUUAAGUUCUUCUUUGCUUGUGACAAGCGAGCUUGAGCAACUAGUCUCCAAGAAGUAUCUGGAUUAUGAGAACUUGUUUUUAUUGACUGAUUUCCUUGUAAAGCAUCCUUCUGUUCUUUUAAGGGACACUUCACUUAGUAAGAGAUACAAGGGUUAUGCCUACAACUGCCUAGCCGAGCUAUUGAAAUUCCUCCAAACCCAUAGUGUUUUGGAUGUGUUAGGUUCAAGCCACUCUGAAUUUAUUGAGUUAUUACAAGAUGUUCGCAAAUGUGGUUUUGCUAAGGAAUGGUUGGAUGUUGUCGAAAAGCGUGUUUUGUUUCCUGGUUUACAAGUUUCUCAAGAUGCAUUGCAAAAACUGUGGGACUCAAAUCACAUAUUGACUCAACAAGUAGAGGAUCUUAAGCAUCAAUUGACUUCCUCUAAAGCUGUUUUAGAGAGCAUCAUUCAACAGAACCCACAAAUUUUAGAAACCCAGUCUGCUUUAAGUGAUCCUAUUGGCUAUUAGAUUAUUUUUUCUUGCAUUCUGUCACUGCUAAAAUUAUUGUUGGAGCUUCUACCUUUGAAUGCUAUUUAUUCCUCGAGUAGUUUCCCCUAUUCUCAUUUCAAAUGGACUAAACCAUUUUAUUCUAUUUG